CUCCCCCUUAUCACCUCCUUCCUCUUUUCAGACUCCAAUCAUGUAGCCACAUAUAUAAGAACAGCACCAGGACCAUCUUCCCAAACAGUUUCUCAGAUCGAGAUCCAACACCAAUAGCCAGAGAUCGAAAUCUCUCAACAGAGUAAUUAAAUGGAAGCGGAGGCCUUCAAAUCUCUCUCUAUGGACUUUCUCAACCUUCUCAUCAACGGGCAAGCCUUCAGCGACGUCACCUUCAGCGUCGAAGGCCGUCUCGUUCACGCCCACCGUUGCAUCCUCGCCGGCCGCAGCCCUUUCUUCCGCCGCUUCUUCGACUCCCCGCCUGCAGCUAAUCUGCACCGCAGAAACAACUCUUCGCUCAGAUCAAGCUUAGUGAUCCCCGUCAACUCUGUUGGCUACGAGGUUUUUCUUCUCGUUCUACAGUUUCUCUACAGCGGUCAGGUCUCGCUUAUUCCUCCUAAGCACGACCAAAGGCCGAACUGCGCUGAGCGAGGCUGUUGGCAUACUCACUGCUCUUCGGCCAUCGAUCUCGCUCUUGAUACUCUCGCUGCUGCGCGUUCUUUCGGAGUCGAGGAGCUCGUCUUCCUCACGCAGAAGCAGCUGGAGAACAUGGUAGAGAAAGCUUCCAUAGAAGACGCCAUGAGAGUUCUUCUUGCUUCUCGAAAACAAGAAAUGCAUCAGCUGUGGAACACCUGCUCCCACCUCGUUGCCAAAUCAGGCCUCCCACCAGAGGUAUUAGCCAAGCACCUCCCCAUCGACAUUGUUGCCAAGAUUGAAGAGCUUCGCAUUGAAUCCUCCUUCUCUCGCCGCCCCUCCUUCCUCCACAACAACCACCACCUCCCCCUCGACAUCGCCGUCGCCGUCCCCAAACACGACGAUUACCACCACAAAAUUCGACGCAUGCGUCGCGCCUUAGACUCAUCCGACGUCGAGCUCGUCAAACUCAUGGUAAUGGGAGAGGGGCUUAACCUCGAUGAAGCCCUGGCCCUCCAUUACUCAGUUCAGAAUUGCAGCCGCGAGGUCGUCAAGGCUUUGCUUGAGCUCGGUGCAGCCAACGUUAACUUGCCGGCCGGCCCGACUGGCAAGACGCCUCUGCACGUCGCUUCAGAAAUGGUAAGUCCCGACAUGGUGGCCGUCUUGCUCGACCACCAUGCCGACCCCAAUGUCCGAACGACCGACGACAUUACACCGCUCGACAUACUCAGAUCCCUCACCUCCGACUUCCUCUUCAAAGGAGCCCUACCAGGGCUCUCCCACAUCGAGCCCAACAAGCUUAGGCUGUGCCUGGAGCUCGUGCAGUCAGCAGUAAUGGUGCUUUCGAGGGAAGAAGCUGCUGCAACUGCGACGAAUGGUAAUAGUAAUAAUGCAGGUGGGGCAAUAUACCAUCCAUUGAUGAGUGUUGAAGCAGGAGACAUGGGCAACGAAAACGUGGAUAGUAGCCUUAGUUUGGAUUCGAAGAUGGUUUAUCUGAAUCUUGGAAUGGCGGCAGUGGGAAGUAUGGACUGUGAUAGCAGCAGAAAUAGGUCGCAAGGGAGCAGUGGUGGGAUAGGCUUGUCUUCCAUUUAUUCUCAGCAUGAUCAUUUCCCAUAGCUGCGCAGGCUACAUACCUUCUUUUUAAAAGCAAUGGAAAAUGUUCUCUCUGUUUAUCUUUUAUAUUUUGUGUAUGUGUUCGAUCAUCUACAUUUUAGUUUAUAUUGUCUAUAUUUUAAUGUUGUAUAUUUACUUUUUUUUUUUAAUUAUUA